AUGGCUCCGGACGCGGCGUUUUCAAACAUAAGCGACAAGAACGAGUUCACUAAAUUCGCGAAGUUUCUCGCCUACAAGGGUGUCCAAGUCAUCGUGGAGUCACGGAAGGGUGUGAAGAUCGAGGCGAACUCCAAACCGCGCACCACAGACUCGGACUGGUUCAACCUUCAGAUCCCGGACUCGCCGGAAGUGAACCAGGCCACCAAGAACGCCCUCCCGUCGGACAAGAUCCUGGAGACGAUCAGGUCCAAGCUCCACGUGGAGAUAUCCGUGCAGACCGAGGACGGGGACGAGAUGGUGCUGGAGCUCUGGACCCUGGAACUCGACGAGACCCAGUUCGACACGUCACUGAAGGCGAUGAACACGGUGUACUUCCGGAUGGGCAUACUUCUCAAGUCCGUGAUCACGAUCAGCAGGAUAACGCCCGCUUACCACCUCUCAAGGAAACAGCGUACCGAAAGCUUCACCAUAUUCUACCGGGUGUACAACGGCGAGCCGAAAACGAAGGCUUUGGGCGAUUCGGUCAAGAAGAUCCAAGCUGGCACGUUGAAGACCCCGCUGGGCGGGCUCUGCUUCACGGUUUCCUAUCGCACCAGCUUCACCAUAUCGCCGAACCGCUCCGACAAGAGCGAGACGUUGCUCCUUAAGAGCGACCAUUUCGAGCUCAGCCCGAAGCACGUGAUUUUCGAGUCGAAGAAGAACAAAAACACCAAGGAGAGGGAGUGUAGGCCGUGCAGGCCCGUCGAUCUGGACAGGCCCCUGCGGAACGCCGCCUUCGUCGACGAGCUGGUGAUCCAGCAGGCGAUCCACGACUUCCUGGAGAUUAUACCUGUGCCCAAGUGCAAGGUGAGGCCCCGCCCGUGCACCCCUGCGAAAGGCAGGGCGACCCAGUCCAAGAGCACGCAGGAUCUGGACCUCACAACCAUCUCGAAGAGUCCGACCUCCAUGGAGCUGCCGCCGAAGAAGUUCUCCGGGUUCCGCGGGGAAAAUGAGCCGCCUCUUAAACUGCUGCAUUUCCCCUUCGCGGACAACCACCCCAUAAGGGAGCUGGCUGAGUUCUAUAAGGAGUUUUUCAACGCGCCGCACUUGAAGUUGUCCGAUGAACUACAGACCAUAGACGGUCUGUCCGAUAUUAAGGAGAUGGAACUGGCUAACGAGAAUCUUUCUAAGGACUUGGCACUGUACGAGAGCUCUGUGCUGGAAUUCGAUGAACUGUUAGCGGACAUGUGCAGAUCAGCGGAGUGGAGUGGGAAUUACAAUGAUGAGACAUGUUUGGUUACCGCUGGUGCUAAUAUCAUCAAAGUUUUUCGGCUUUUGCCCGAGGGACACACUAAGGAAGUUAACGCUGCCGGGCAGCCAAUUCCACCUAAGAUGAAGCUCGAAUGCUUGGCAACAUAUACUUUGUGGGGCAAUGUAAUGUCCAUUGCAUCCGUUAAGUGUGCAAGUGCCGGACGAGACCUCUUACUGUUGUCAUUCAAAGAAGCCAAGCUUUCAAUUGUUCAAUAUGAUCCUCAAAUAAACAAUCUUGUUACAUUGAGCAUGCAUUAUUUUGAAGAAGAUGAUAUGAAGGGUGGAUGGACUACUCAUCCGCACAUACCGUGGAUACGUGUGGAUCCGGAAUUUCGGUGUGCAGUGAUGUUGUUAUAUGGAAAGAAACUUGCUGUUCUGCCUUUUAGAAAGGAUAUCACUUCCGAAGAGGGAGACCCGUUGGAGGCGAAGCCUUUUACCGAUAGUAAAAAGAAUCAACCCAAUCAGCAGAUGACGAGGUCCCCAACACUAGCAUCUUACGUCAUAGUGCUUAAGGAUCUCGAUGAGAAGAUUGACAAUAUAUUAGACAUUCAAUUUCUUUAUGGUUAUUAUGAACCCACAUUGUUGCUCUUGUAUGAGCCUGUAAGGACAUUCCCAGGGCGUACAGCAGUGCGAAGUGACACCUGUGCAAUGGCUGGUGUCAGUUUGAAUAUGUCCGCUCGAGUACAUCCAGUCAUUUGGGCAACCUCAGGCUUGCCUUUCGAUUGUAUCCAAGCUGUUCCAGUACAAAAACCCCUUGGUGGAUGUUUGAUCCUGGCUGUGAACUCCCUUAUCUAUUUGAACCAGUCUGUACCACCGUAUGGUGUUUCAUUAAACAGUAUAGCUACGCAUACCACAAACUUCCCUCUUCGCAUCCAGGAGGGCGUGUGCGUGACGCUGGACGGCGCGCGCGGCGCGUGGCUGGGCGAGGCGCGGCUGGCGCUGGCGCUGCGCGGCGGCCAGCUGUACGUGCUCACGCUGCUCUCCGACUCGGUGCGCAGCGUGCGCAGCUUCCACCUGGACCGCGCCGCCGCCUCCGUGCUCACCUCCUGCGUGAGUGACGCCCCCUCCUCGCCCCCUCCUCGCCCCCUCCUCGCCCCCGGGCUCACCUGCGUCAGUACCCUAUCCUCAUCGUUUGAGCCCUUCCACUUCAUCGCUGUUUUUUGGUGUGCUACACCUCCGUGUUUCUGUGCUCACAUCCUACGUAAAAUACUAGCCCCUCAUCUGAGCGCUUCCAGUUCACCGCUGGCCAGCGGUUGUAAAGUGGACCUAAUUCAGUUGUCGACGCGCCCGCAGAUGUGCGUGAUCGAGGAGGACUUCCUGUUCCUGGGCUCGCGGCUGGGCAACUCGCUGCUGCUGCGCGUCACCGAGCGGGAGAACCGCAUGCUGUUCUCCGUCGACAAGCCGCUCGAGGCCACCGUCGACCUCACCGUCUCCGAGGCCGAUCGGGAAGUCCCCGCGGCGACCAAAGAGCCCCCCGCCCAGAAGGAGGCGCAGCCGGAUCCAGCCGCCAAGAAGCGCAGGAUGGACACGAUCAGCGACUGCGUCGCCACCAACGUCAUAGACAUUAGCGACCAGGACGAGCUGGAGGUCUACGGCUCCGACAUACGGACCUCCACGCAGCUAACCAGCUACGUAUUCGAGGUGUGCGACUCGCUGCUGAACAUCUGCCCGAUCGGGGACAUCUCGAUGGGCGAGCCGCAGCUGCUGGGCGAGGAGGAGCGGCGCGAGGGGCCGGAGCCGGAGCUGGAGCUGGUGGCGUGCAGCGGCCGCGGCAAGAACGGCGCGCUCACCGUGCUGCAGCGCUCCGUCCGCCCGCAGCUGGUCACCGCCUUCCACCUGCCCGGCUGCAUAGACAUGUGGACGGUGAUAGGCGAGAGUGAGACGCGCGAGGGCCAGAAGGAGGCGGACGGCUCCCACGCUUACCUGAUCCUCACUCAGGAGGACUCCAGCAUGAUCCUGCAGACGGGGCAGGAGAUCAACGAGGUGGACAACUCGGGCUUCAUGUCCGGAGCGCCCACCGUGUUCGCGGGCAACCUCGGCGCCAACAAGUACAUGGUGCAGGUCACCACCGUGGCCAUCAGGCUCGUCAGGAACGGGGUCCAGCUGCAGUCGAUCCAGCUGGAGUGGACGGCGAUGAGCGCGGCCGCGGCGGACCCCUACCUCUGCGUGCAGUCCACCUGCGGCCGCGCGGUGGUGCUGGCCCUGCGCGAGCUGAGGCCCAGGGACCCCAUGUCCGCUCGCCUGGCGCCGACCCGCCAGGGGGUCCCCGCUAGGCCGGCCCUCUGUAGGGCCACCCCCUACAGGGACCUCAGUGGCCUCUUCACGUCCACCGACAUGGAGAACGUUCAAGUGAAGGGCGAGUUCAGCGGCAAGGCGAAGGGCAAGGGCGUGAAGGCGGAGGGCUUCAAGCCCGGCGCCGUGUACGAGCUGAACGACGAGGACGAGCUGCUCUACGGCGGGGACCAGACGCCGGCCUCCAUGGCCAGCAUAAUGCUGGCAGAGCAGUCGAAGAACCCCGGAGUGCCAAGGCGCAUCUCGCGAUGGUGGAAGAAGCACCUGGCCGAGAUCAAGCCCACCUUCUGGCUGUUCGUGGUGAGGGACAACGGCAACCUGGAGGUCUACUCGCUGCCGGAGAUGAAGCUCAGCUUCCUCGUCAGGGACGUCUGCGCCGGCCACAGGAUCCUGGCGGACAGCCUGGAGUCCGUGCCGAUCGCCACCAGCGCUCCUGAUGAAGAGGAGUUCUCCUCCGGGGGGCGGAGCGCCGACGUGGCGCGCCUCCGCGAGAUCCUGGUGGUGGGGCUGGGCCACAAGGCGUCCAGGGUGCUGCUGCUGCUGCGCCUGGACGGGGAGCCGCUCAUGAUAUACCAGGCCUACAAGUACCCCCGGGGCAACCUGAAGAUGCGCUUCUCGCGCAUGAGCGUGUCGUUCCCGUUCGGCUACGAGAGCGCGCCCUUCAGCCGGCCCGACGACGGGCCCGAGGCGGCCAUGCUGCGCGACUCCGUGCGACAGCUCAGAUACUUCGCGAACGUGGGCGGGUACGGCGGCGUGUUCGUGUGCGGGCGCACGCCGCAGCUGCUGGUGGUGGGCGGGCGCGGCGAGCUGCGCGUGCACCCGCUCUGCGCCGCGGCGGGGCCCGCGCCCGCCUUCGCGCCCUUCAACAACACCAACUGCCCGCACGGCUUCCUCUACUUCGACUCCAAGGCUUUGCUGAGAUUUUGGUUAGACUCCAAGGUGGGAACCCGCUGGUACUCAUGGCCUGUGUGGGGCCAGGUAAUGCGAGGUCACAUAUCGGAUGGGCUGGCUCUGGCUAGUUGUCGCAGCGGUGACAGAGGUAUCCGGCGCGAAGGACCAGCUCGCCAGGGCGUCUGCGCUUCGCAGGGCUGGCUGCGCAUCUGCCUGCUGGCGGCGCACCUGUCGUACGACGCGCCGUGGGCCGUGCGCAAGGUGCCGCUGCGCGCCACGCCGCACGCCGUCACCUUCCACCUGGAGUCGCGCACCUACUGCCUGGUGGCCUCCAGCGCGGCGCCCACCGCCCACUACUUCCGCUUCAACGGCGAGGACAAGGAGCGCUCGCAGGAGAACAAGGGCGACAGGUUCCCCUACCCGAUGCAGGAGCGCUUCUCGGUGAUGCUGUUCAGCCCCGUCUCCUGGGAGGUGAUCCCCAACACGAAGGUGGAGCUGGACGAGUGGGAGCACGUCACCUGCCUCAAGAAUGUCGCGCUCUCCUACGAGGGCACCAGGUCCGGACUGCGUGGUUACAUAGCGAUUGGUACUAAUUACAAUUACAGCGAAGACAUUACGUCUAGAGGGAGGAUAAUAAUCUACGACAUAAUCGACGUGGUGCCGGAGCCGGGGCAGCCGCUGACGAAGAACCGCUUCAAGGAGCUGUACGCGAAGGAGCAGAAGGGGCCCGUCACGGCGCUGGCGCAGGUGCUGGGCUACCUCAUCUCCGCCGUGGGCCAGAAGAUCUACAUCUGGCAGCUGAAGGACAACGAGCUGGUGGGCGUGGCGUUCAUCGACACGCAGAUCUACGUGCACCGGCUGCUGGCCGUGAAGAACCUGAUCCUGGUGGGCGACGUGUACAAGUCGGUGUCGUUGCUGCGCUACCAGGAGCGGCACAGGACGCUCUCGCUGGUCUCCAGGGACCUCAGGAGCGCGCAGAUCUACGACAUGCAGUUCAUGGUGGACAACUCGACCCUGGGCUUCCUGGUCAGCGAGGCCGAUGGCAACCUCGCGCUCUUCAUGUACCUGCCCCAGGCCAGGGAGAGCUACGGCGGGCAGCGGCUGAUCCGCAAAGGCGACUACCACGUGGGGCAGCCCGUGCACGCGAUGUUCCGCGUGGCGGCGCGCUCGCUGGCCCACUCCCACUCCCACUCCCACGCCCACGCCCACUCGCAGGCGGAUACCGCGCCGCGCCGCCACGUCACCAUGUUCACAACCCUGGACGGCGGGCUGGGCUACGUGCUCCCGGUUUCCGAGAAGGUGUACAGGCGUCUGCUGAUGUUGCAGAACGUGAUGAACAACUACUGCUGCCACACGGCCGGCCUCAACCCGCGCGCUUUCAGGACGUACCGCGGCGCGCGGCGCAUGGCGGGCGGCAGCGCGGCGCGCGGCAUGCUGGACGGCGACCUGGUGGCGCUCUACGCCAGCAUGCCCACCGACGAGAAGCAGGACAUCGCGAAGAAGAUCGGCACGAAAGUGGAGGAGAUAAUGGCGGACCUAUACGAGAUUGACAGACUGACCGCCCACUUU